AUGCGAGAGUCUAUGAUUUCUCAGGUUCAAGAUUGUCAAUUUGAGGCUCGUGAGAUAUUCCAAGAAAUCAAAAUUCUUCAACAAAAUAAUCGCACACGUCGACAAUCCAAUGGAAAUUGCAAUUCUUGUUGCACCGCAGGCUUGGCAGGUCCAAAAGGGCUUCCAGGAUCCCCUGGAAAAUCUGGACAGCCUGGAGCCCCGGGUACUCCUGGUAAUCCUGGAAAACCCCCUCAACAACCAUGCGAUGUUCAAACUCCACCACCUUGCCAGCCUUGUCCAUCAGGGCCUCAAGGACCGUCUGGGCCACCAGGACCUGCUGGAGAUAUUGGAAGUGAUGGAAAACCAGGAGCUGCUGGGCAAGACGGUCCGAAUGGAGAAGCCGGAGAGAAGGGACCAUCGGGCCCCCCAGGAAAAUCUGGAGCACCUGGAAGCCCAGGAAAUUCAGGAAGCGAUGCAGAUAGCGAACUUAUUCCAGGUUCUGCGGGGCCAUUGGGACCACCCGGUCCUCCCGGCCCAUCUGGAAAUGCUGGACUUCCCGGAGAUGAUGGAAAAGCUGGGCCAGUUGGUCCAAAAGGAGCAUCGGGAAGCCCUGGAGAGCCCGGACGACAUGGAUUCGAUGGAAUUCCGGGAGAAGUUGGGAUUGCUGGAAAGAAUGGAGAAAAGGGUAUUUGCCCGAAAUAUUGUGCUGUUGAUGGCGGCGUAUUUUUCGAGGAUGGAACUCGAAGAUAA